UUAGGAGCAACUAAGAAAAAAAAAAUAAUUUGUAUAUUUGAACAAGAUUAUAAACUUGAUCGUACUACAUGAUAAUUUGAUUUAUUAAACCAUAUAAUGGAAACACAUAUUAAUAUAUAUAAUAUUUAAUAUAAGCUUAAUAAUAAUUGUAAACAGAGAAAUAUUAUUCCUACAUUAAUUAGUUAUAGUUUUAGUGAUCAUGAGUACCUUAUUGUAUUGAAUUCAUCGUUAAACGAAAAAAUAAAAGGUUACAUAUAUGCAGGAUCUAAAUGUGAAUAUAAAAUAAAAUUAUAUGAGCUACACAUUCAGUUAGAAACGAAUAUAGAUAGUGAGGAAAAGUGUACAAGAGGUGAAACUACUUAUAACUGUUAUAUUUCAAAUGAAUUAACAACUGCUUUUUCUGUUGGUUUUACUAUACGGGGAAUUUUUGUUUUUUUGUAUAAGUUCAGUCCCAUGGGACACUGAAUUCAUAGUAACCUAAAAAAAAAAAAAAGAAUAAUAAAGGACAUAAUUCCCGAAGAAUCACGUGAAUUAUUAAAAAUAUUUGCUGAAAAUGGGAUUUCACAUUCAGAAGACGGAAGAAUUAGGAUAGGUUACCAUUCUUCAGCAAUUUAG